CUUGACAUGAUUGAAAGCACCCUGGUGGCUAUCUUCUGGGCAUUAUCCUACCAUGUAGAUAAUGUGCACACCAGUGAAUCCAAAAUAUUACCUGGAAUGCGAUGCCCCGCUUCAGCCAUAGGCAAAGGCGGAGAGGCUUGCGGCAGAAAGUCAAAAAAAAAAAGGAUUUUGGGAAGCCCCAACUCGGUCCCCCUCCACCCACCUUCCCUCAACUUUCUUUUCUCCCUCUGCGUCGCGCGUCGAAAAAAACCAAACUUCUAUUUAUUAAGCAUCCAAGCAGAAAUAGCCACAAGUUCUCCCUCGACCUGCUCCAUCUUCCUCCUCUAAUACACUCUCACUUUCACGCUCAUCCGCCAAUAUGGCAGACGAAAAGAUGAAGGGAAUGGAACAUUCCGAGGUCCAUUACUUCAAUAGGUAUGUUUUGCCUCGCUCUGCAACCCCAAAAGCAUCCGAAUACUGAUCGCAGAUAGCUACAAUCACCAUGGUAUGUGUCCCGUCAAUAUGCGAACCAAAUCUGAAUGAUCUGGCUACUAACUAUUGUCCAAAGGUAUCCACGAAGAAAUGUUGGUGUGUACCUGCAGCAAUGCGUCCUUUCUCCGUCACAACACACGCUGAUUCCGAGUAGAAAGAUGAAGUACGGACGCGAUCAUACAUGAAUGCCAUUGUGCAAAACAAGCAUCUUUUCAAAGACAAGAUUGUCCUCGAUGUUGGUUGCGGAACCUCCAUCCUGUCCAUGUAUGCCUACCCCUCCCUCAACCGUCCAGCCGAGUUCUAACCCCAAACGAAAAAGGUUCGCGGUCAAGGCUGGUGCCAAACACGUUAUCGGAGUCGACAUGUCUACAAUCAUCGAAAAAGCCAGAGAGAUUGUCGAGGUCAACGGAAUGUCGGAUAAGAUCACUCUGUUACAAGGAAAGAUGGAGGAGGUUGAGCUACCAUUCCCAAAGGUUGAUAUUAUUAUCUCCGAAUGGAUGGGGUAUUUCUUGCUCUACGAAUCUAUGCUUGACACUGUGCUCUACGCUCGUGACAAGUACCUUGCGCCAAAUGGUCUGAUCUUCCCCGACAAGGCUACCAUCUUUAUGGCCGGUAUUGAGGAUGGAGAGUACAAGGAUGAGAAGAUUGGCUGUAAGUUUUGACUCGCCUUGUUGUUUUAAUGUGCAAAAAAAGCUAACAUUCUCAGUCUGGGACAAUGUUUACGGUUUUGACUACUCCCCACUCAAGCAUACUGCUCUCACCGAACCCCUCGUCGACACAGUAGAAAUCAAAGCUGUUGUCACUGACCCAACCGCCGUCCUUACCCUCGACCUUUAUACCUGCACAACCGCAGAUCUUGCAUUCACCUCUCCCUUUACUCUCGAUGCUCGCCGUGACGAUUUCAUCCACGCCUUGAUCGCAUGGUUCGAUAUCGAUUUCACUGCUUGCCACAAGCCUAUCAGAUUCUCUACUGGCCCUCACACCAAGUACACACAUUGGAAACAAACUGUUUUCUACCUGCGUGAAGUCUUGACUGUGCAGCAAGGAGAGCAAGUUAAGGGUGUUUUGGACAAUAAGCCCAACGAGAAGAACAAGAGAGAUUUGGAUGUCAAGAUUUCAUAUAAGCUCGAAACUGAAGAUCCAACCCGGCAAGCCGAGGGGAGCUGCGAGUACAAGAUGUGUUAACGAAAACGAAUCUUUAAUGUUUUUUUUUGGUGGGAUGGGUUCCUUCGCGGCUGAGAGCGCAGACCCUGGAAAUUUUUUCACAAUAUGUUUUUUAUGACAAGGGGCACACUGGAAUGUUCAACUGGCGUUUAGAGAGCAGCAUAGCGGAAAAUCUUUGUUCAGCAGCUACGGCAUCCUGAAUGUACUAAAAGGUCGAAUAGAGUAAAUACUAAUUCGUAAAUCGCAAAUCGCAAAA